GUAGGUGCCUGAGAACCAAAAGUCGGGUUUAGACAUGUAGGGUUUUGAUCCUCCACAGUCAGAUGUAAAGUUAGUACAUGUCCAGCAGAGGGAGGCACAGCUCAGAUAGGCCAGUUCUUCAUUACACUGAGGAAUGCUGGGAGGAGAAGAGGAGGAAGAGGAGGAACUGGCACCAGCAGAGGCUGAAGGGAUGCUAAAGCACCGACACACAAACACACAGACAGGAGCUGACUACUACAGACACACAAAUAGACACGCAGCCAGCCAGACAGUAAGGCAGGUGGAGGGAAGCUGAUGCAGCACGCACACACACCAACACACACCCACCCUGACAAACAGACCGACACACACUGAGCUGCAGUAAGGCUAGCUGCAGAUAGCAUGCUGCACAGAGGAGGCUGAUCUGCACACAAACACGACGAUGUGGCGUUCAAGUCUUCCGGUUGGACGGUGCAGAUAUAGUCAGAGUUCAGGUUGACGUACAGCUCGUGGUGAUGUCAAAGCGAGGAGCAGGGGGGCGGGGAAAGGGAGAACGACCAGAUGUCAUGGCAACUCUUCAGGCAGCCAAUGAGGACCUGAGGGCCAAAUUAACAGAGAUUCAGAUUGAACUGCAACAGGAAAAAAACAAGGUCAGCCGCCUGGAAAGGGAGAAGGGUCAAGAGCUGAAGGCGGAGCAUCACCGUGCUACGGUCGUUGUGACAGAGCUGAAGACCAAACUUCAUGAGGAGAAACUGAAAGAACUGGCAGUUACCAGGGAGACAUUACUACGGCAACAUGAGAUGGAGCUGAUGAGAGUCAUCAAAAUCAAAGAUGGAGAAAUCCAACGUUUGAAUGGACUAGUGCAAACGAUGAGAGACGGAUCAACAGACAAGGUGAGGAGUGCCCUGAUGGCAGAGAUGGAGGAGGCAAGAAGGAGCUGGGAGGCAGAGCGCUCUCGCCUCCAUCAGGAAGUUCUGGAGGUGCGCGGGGCAAAGAAAAGUGCAGAGGAAGCUCUAGUAUCAGCUCAGCAGGCCUGCCAGGCUCGAGCAGCCGAGCUCCGAUCAGCUCAUCACCAGCAUCAAGAGGAGCUCAACAGGACGAAGAGAGACUGUGAGAGGGAGAUCCGUCGACUGAUGGAUGAGAUAAAACUGAAGGACAGAGCUGUCAGUGUUUUGGAUAAAGCCUUGGGGCUGCAGGCUGGACAUGCCCACCGCCUCCAGCUCCAGACUCAGGCAGCUGAGCAACAAAUUGCAGCCAUGAGAGAUGCACAAAGGGUGGGGCAAAACCACCCAGUGUCUAACACCACCCCUAACAAUGCUGCACACAUUUCUCAGGAGGACCGAGAAGCUCGAAGGUUUCAGCUGAAGAUCGCUGAGCUCAGCGCUGUGGUCAGGAAGCUGGAAGACAGAAAUGCUCUGCUGUCUGAAGAACGAAAUGAACUGCUGAAGCGUCUGAGAGAGGCGGAGAGUCAGUUUCUUCCUCUUCUCGACAAAAAUAAGCGCUUGAGCAGAAAGAAUGAAGAGCUGGCUCUGGCCCUGCGUCGCCUCGAUGACAAACUCCGUUUUGUCACGCAGGAGAAUCUGGAGAUGGCAACCAUGAGGAGACCCAGUUCAUUGAAUGACCUGGAUCGUAGCCACUCCACCAGCUACCAUUGUUACAGCCAAGAUGAGAGAGAGAUGGAGUUUCUACGAUUGCAAGUGGUGGAGCAGCAACAUAUCAUCGAUGACCUGUCCAAAGCUUUUGAGAUGGCUGGUUACGUAAAGAAUGUUAUUGAGAGAGACAUGUUACUUAGAUACAGACGUCAGGAGACGGUGAGGAGGAAGAGGACCUUCAGAGCCUGCAGGGUCAUAGAAACGUUUUAUGGCUACGAUGAAGAAGCCUCAGUGGAUUCUGAUGGAUCAUCUCCGUCCUUUCACACUGACAGGACUCCAGAUACUGAACCAGAUGAGGUGUGUGUUCGAGAAGAGGCAGAGCUUCGUUACCGCCAGCUAACUCAGGAGUACCAGGCGUUGCAGAGAGCGUACGCUCUGCUGGCGGAGACAUGUGGAGGAAACUAUGAUGCUGAAAAGGAGAUCAAGACCCGAGAGCAGCUGCUGAACGAAAUCAGCCGAUUCCAAAGUAAAGUUGCAGAUCUGGAGUCAGCACUGAAGCAACAAGGACUGGACGUAAAGUGGGUGGAGGAGAAGCAGGCUCUGUAUCAGAGGAACCAGGAGCUUGUGGAAAAGUUGCGACAGAUGGAAAGUGAAGAGCUGCGACUGAUGACUGACAUCCAGGAUAUCAAAGACCAGAAUGAGCUGCUGGAGUUCAGGAUCUUAGAGUUGGAGGAGCGAGAACGACGCUCUCCUGGGAUUAACUUCCAACAUCUCCACUUCCCAGAAGGCUACAGUCCUCUGCAGAUCUACUGCGAUGCAGAGGGAGUCACUGAUAUUGUGAUCUGUGAGCUGAUGAAGAAGUUGGACAUUCUGGGGGAUAACGCCGUAAGUAAUCUGUCCAAUGAGGAGCAAGUGGUAGUGAUCCAUGCCAGGACAGUACUGACUCUGGCAGAAAAGUGGUUGGAGUCCAUCGAAGUGACAAAGUCCUCUCUGAAGCAGAAGAUGAUGGACAUUGAGAAUGAGAAAGAUCUCUUCAGAAAACAGAAAGGUUACCUGGAUGAAGAACUGGACUUCAGGAAGCAGUCAAUGGACCAGGCACAUAAGAGGAUCCUGGAGCUGGAGGCCAUGUUGUUUGAAGCUCUGCAGCAGGAGGAGGACUCCAGGCUUUUGGGAUUCAAGAUUGGGGAGGGUCGACUGUCUGAGACUUUAACAGAAGAAGAAAAGGAGGAGCUAAGGAGAGCCAUGGAUCAGUGGAAACGAACGGUGAUGUGUGAGCUGAGAGAAAGAGAUGCUCAAAUCCUUAGAGAAAGGAUGGAACUACUCCAACUAACGCAACAGAGAAACAAGGAGUUGGAGGAAUUUAUAGAAGCCCAGAAGCGACAAAUCAAAGAGCUGGAAGAGAAGUUUCUAUUUCUGUUCUUAUUCUUCUCGUUGGCCUUUAUCCUCUGGUCCUAAAGGAGUGUGUCCAGGCCUCCAGAGUCCAGGGCCAGGGGUGCCGGGUCCAGAGGAGACCAGAUCACUAGAGGGUUCUGUAGGUUUGGAACCAGCAGCAUCAUGUGAAGCUCAGUGGUUUCAUGUCAGUCAGCCAAUCAGAGCAGAGCCCAGCUGACUGUCACUGCUGCUUCAGAGAUGAAGAUAGGUAACAAAGGUCAGGUGUGAUUAGACAUGGGAGGUUUCUGUUCUCAGGAACUUCAGUCUGACUGAUCAAACUGGUGCUGGACCAGCUGAAUCUCUGGAAUGGACUCUGGUUCUGGUGGACCAGAAACAUCCCUGUUACUAAGGUUGUGGGGGAAACCAGAACAGAACCAGAACUCCUUUAAUGGAGGCGCUAAGAAAAGAACUGAUGAAAAACAUCUCAAACCCAGAACCCUGACUGAGCUAUGCUGCGUCACUCUGUGCUGUGAUUGGCUGAGGCACACCUGGAGGGUGGUCCACCCUUGUGGCUAAGAGUGCCCACCUGGUUCAUCUCAGGACCAAACUCUGGCAUCGGAAACAUCUUCACCAGGAGGACCGCUGGCGAGUCGAGUUGUCCACCUAAAACCACAAAAUAUUCUGAAGCGAAGAAAGGAAGGACAGGUAAAACGUGCUCAGAAAUAAACCUGUUGCUGCCCGUUUGUGUCUGAGCUGUGUCAAAGAAAAGCUCCGUAGAUACAGAAGAUCCAGACUUUGACUUCUGGGCUGAGCUACAGUGAGCAGUGUUGACUUUCAGAUUUGUGACGAACGUCAGCAGUAACUUGUUUCUGAUGCAUGUGGAAGUCAUGCAUGUACAAUUCAACACGGAUGUAAACGUGUCGGCAGCAAGUCUGGCGUAAACGUCACAAAUCAGAACUCUUACAGUGCUUACAACAAAACCGGACAAUGACAUCAAACGGUGAGUCAUCAGAUGAGAGGAUUUAGCCUUAAACAGGACAGGAAACUGUACAGCAUCAAUGUGCAUCACAUGAUUUUACAAGAGUUUAAAAGAAAUAAUUAUAUUCCACAAAUGCCAUCAGAUGACGGAUUAAUAUGACACAAAUCCUUUAUGAACAUUUUUAUUCUGAGAGAAUUGUUUGGAACGGAAAUCAAGUUCUAAAGUUUUAACAUUUAAAUAUAAAAAUGUAUGAAUAUUUUAUCUUUGGUUCGCUUUAUUUAUUUAUUUAUUUAUAUUAACGUUACAACCUUUGAUCCCUCUGUUCAGCUUCAUAAGAUUGACUUUAACGUUCUCGCUUUACUGUCCUCUGCAGAAAGAGCACAACGUGUGUAUCAUUCCUAAUGUUUUGUCUGUGUGAGUCGUCAUCCUGCAGCAGCUCUGGUCACACUCAUGAAGAAACUCCUCAUGUUUCAGAACCUGGAUUCCGCUGUAGGACUUUUACUAUCCCAGAUUAUAUUUUUCUAUCCCUGCUGUGAGUCUGAAUUUGAGGAGCUGAACGUUAAUUGAAAUGAAAGAUGUUAGAAAUC